UCCGUCGCCAUCCAUCGACAUUCUCAAUGUAUACACCGAACGAUCAUGCAAGAACCUGACAAUCAGCGCACACGAAUACGCUCGCGCUCAAAAUCGCCAUCUGGUCAGACGAACCAUCGGGAUCGUCGACAUCAUCGCCAUCGCCAUUCUCGCCGCUCUCGCUCACGUUCUCCGCGACCCAACGACGAGAAACAUGACAGGCACAAGCAUAAGCGACAUCGCUCGCGGACUCCUCUGCCGCGACCAGUAGCUCUACCCUAUAAUGCGAAAGAGUUGUCGAGGCGUCACUAUGAUGAAUACAAACCGCUAUUCCAGUCCUAUCUCGAUAUCCAGAAAAACAUCAUCUUGGACGAUCUCGACGAAAGAGAGGCGAAGGGGCGAUGGAAGAGCUUUGUUGGGCGUUGGAAUCGUGGAGACUUGGCCCGCAGUUGGUAUGAUCCCUCCAUGCUGAAAUCGGCAAAAGAAACGGUCCAGUCUUUCCAGGCCCAGUCAAACCGACGUGCAUCCCCCGAUUACAAACCUCUCCAGUACGCAGAAGCGAACAGUGAGGAAGACGAUUUUGGUCCAGCACCUCCUCCUGGUGGCACGCGACAUAGUGGGCAUGGGCCAACCAUACCCCGGCUCGAUGACCUGGCACUCAGAAAUGAGCUUCUGGAUGAGGAUCGAGCGCGUGAGCAAGCAGACUACGUGGAUGACAUCCGUUUCCAACGCAAACAAGAUCGCAAGGCUCAGAAAGAUCGACUUGAAGAACUGGUUCCUCGAGCAGAUCCCGGGUCGCGUGAGCGUCAACUGGAGAAAAAACGGGAGACAACAGGCACACUAAGAGAAUUUCGGGACGCCAAAGAGGGCGGUGAUGUAGAGAUUGGGGAUGCAGAUCUGAUGGGCGACGACGGCUUCGAAGGACACAAGAAGCGGAAAUCUGAGUUCGAGAGGAAGAAGAGUGAAAGGGAAAUCAGGAGGGAGGAGAUAGCGCGGGCGAAAGCCGAAGAGCGAGACGAGAGAUUGGCGGAGCGACGGGCAAAGGAGGCACAGACAAUGGAGCUCCUCAGGAGUAUGGCGAGAGAGCGAUUUGGAGGAAGCUGA